CAGCUGAGGAUCGUAGUUACCUCCCUUUCUUGACGACGCCUGUUCAUUCUGCUGCUUGCACUCGCUUUGACGGCCAUGUCCACAUUGUCUGCAAAAUCCGUAUUUAUCACGGGUGCCAAUCGGGGUUUGGGGCUGGCGUUUGUGAAGCACUUUCUGCGUCUUGAGGAACCCCCUACCUACGUGUUCGCUGCCUGCAGACAGCCCGACCAGGCCACGGAGUUGGCUCGGUUAGCGGGUGAGAAUGGACGUGUCCGCGUGGUGAAGCUGGAUGUCAGAGAGGAUGAAGAAAUCGCUGCGGCUGUGGUGGAGGUGGAGAAAGUUGUUGGUGCCGGCGGUCUCAAUCUGCUGCUAAACAAUGCCGGCGUUAACCAACAGGAACAAGGCCUCGAAUCACUGACACGGGAGAAGAUGAAUUAUCACUUUGACUGUAAUGUUACUGCUCCACUGUUGGUUUCGAAAGCGUUUCUCCCCUUACUGAGACGGGCCGCAAACAAGACAGAUUUCAGCUGCAGCAGAGCGGCCAUCAUCAACGUCUCUACCGUCUUGAGCCUUAUCAAAUUCAUCAACAGAAUGAAUGACUUCCGCUACCCAUACAACAGCUCGAAAUGUGCCCUCAACAUGGUGACUGAUAUUCUCGCGAGAGAGGUUUCUCCCGACGGGGUGCUUGUGGCAGGUCUCCAUCCCGGGUGGGUCAAGACCGACAUGGGAGGCCCUAACGCAAUGAUAGAUAUAGAAGAAAGUAUUUCCAAGUGUAUGAAUACAAUAGCAGUGAUGAAUAAAGAUUCGUCAGGGCUGCUGUAUUCAUACACAGGAACUAUUUUCCAGUGGAACGCAGAAUUCUGAGCAGUGACAACGCAUGUGAUUAGCUUAUAUAUGUGACAUGCAAUGCUUUCCUAGGUCACGGAGGAAGGUAUAUCAGCUAUAACGUUUGCUCACAAUGCCACAUUAAUUUCAAUGUUUAUUCAAAUGCUUUGAUCUAAUAAAGUCGAGUUAGGGAGCAUCCAUUUGAUUUGAAAGUAGGCGCAUUACUUUGAAUUUUAGGCUGUGCAGUACAUUUCUGGCACAGGACGUAACAUCUACAAAACAUUAAAUAUUAUGAACAUGUUACAUUUUCUGAAUGGAUCAGCGUUGAUUCUCUAAAGGAUUCUGUUGUUAGAACACAUAAAUAGAUAAUAAAUGUUCUUCGCAUUUGUAACUUCGUUGUGUUCAUGUUAUGCUGAAAUAAUCCCAAUAAAGAAAUUGUUGGU